AUGGAGAGUGCAAUCACACUGUGGCAGUUCCUGUUGCAGCUGCUGCUGGACCAGAAACAUGAGCAUCUGAUCUGCUGGACCUCCAACGAUGGUGAAUUCAAGCUCCUCAAAGCAGAAGAAGUGGCCAAACUGUGGGGCCUCCGGAAGAACAAAACGAACAUGAACUACGACAAGCUGAGCAGAGCCCUUCGAUACUAUUAUGACAAGACACCAAAUGGAUUGCUUCUGACCCCGAGUCCACUGCUAUCCAGCAUACAUUUCUGGAGCAGCCUUAGUCCAGUUGCUCCACUGAGUCCUGCCCGGUUGCAAGGGCCAAACACGCUGUUCCAGUUUCCAACACUGCUUAACGGCCACAUGCCAGUGCCAAUCCCCAGUCUGGAUAGAGCUGCUUCUCCAGUACUGCUUUCUUCGAACUCUCAGAAAUCCUGAUGACAUCUGGCCACAGUUAAAGACUUAUUAACUGAUGAAAUAAAUUUGUCCCCAUGGGCUAGUUUACCUGUGUCAUGAGAAGGACGUUGUGAAACCCUGUUAAUUUGGUUUGCACUUUUCAUAACAUGGAUGGUCUAGAUUUAUGUUAGCAUUUUUAAAACCUUUUUUUAUAUUCAAGUAUAUAUGAAGAUCUGUUUGGCAUUAAGUGAUUUUUUAAUGUUUUUGUUUUUAUAUCCUCUUAGCUCUUAAGUGUUGAACACUGUUGACAGUGAAGAACUUUUCUUAAUGGUUUUCAGUGUAACUAAUAAGGAUGUGAAGCUUUUCUUUCUAAUUCCGCAUAUGCUGAACUAUGCUUAUAGACACUAUAACCAGCUGUGCCUUCCUUUGCAUUUAGUUUUAUGUAAAUGGUUUAUAUAUUUUUUAGUAUUAAGAGAAAAUGUUUGGAAGACAAAAAUUAGUAUCAAACAGCUCUCUAGUAGAAUCAUUAUUUUUCACAAGUAGGCAAAAUGAAAGCUUAUUCAUAUUUUUCUUUUUCGCUUUCAAUUGUAUAAGAAUUGCCUUAGAACCUCUUUUGAACUGAAGUUCAGUAAAUGUCCAAUUUCAUGUUUUUAUAAAAGAAACUAAGCCAUAUUUAGAAAAUAAACAUUCACAAAAGAAAAUGUUCUAAAGUGCAUUUUUUAAAAAAUGAAGUUUGAAAGGCUAGCCACCUAGCUGUUUACAAUCUUUUAGACUCCUCCCAAACAAAAACCUGAGAUGGAAAUCUACAUCAAGUUCACUCUACCCAUUCCCUUGGAAUAUAUCCUAUGUAAGCAUAUUCUUAUUUCAAAAAAUUAGCUGUGGUUCUCCCAGUUUUCCAUAGCAAAUCACACCCCUGAUACAUUUCCUGUAUCAUCAUGAGUUAGGGUUUCACUAAACCCCUAGAACUAUAAUUAACAUUUAAACAUCCUAUGGUUAGGAAGAGGCUCACAGACUGGUUGAUGAACACAACAAUUCUGUAACAUCAGGUAUCUUCAGGUGUAUAAGGCAUAGCCUUGUUUGUGGAAACAGAGGCAGGAUACACUGCUUUAUGUAUUAACUAAGUUUAUAGUGAGAAUGAAGGAAAUUGGAUAUAAGAAAUAUGUAACUCUUCAGGAACCUCAUUGUGGAACUGAACUACAUUUGGAGCACUCAGUAGUAAAUUCUUUUGCGUAGUGUAAAGCAGUGGUAACAGAAACAGCAGGGGCCACUCUUAAGGCAUUGUUCUGUACAUGAAGUAGGAAAGUUCUAAUGUGAAGAGACCUGGAAAGUGCCCAGUGCUUUCAAGAUCAGAUUAUCACCCUUAACUGUAAGUAACAAACCAAUUUGAAAUGUGGCCAAAUAACUGAUUCCACAGGUGUUAAAUGGCAAAAUUAUGAAAAAGGUGUAAAAAACAAAGCUUGUAAAAGCAAACAUCUCUUGAAUUUUCGAAGAAUCUAAAACUUUGUUAUAAUGCUUAAAAUCUUGAGAUUUUUCCAGUGGAAUUAAGUGUCUGUGUAUGGGGAUGUACAAAUCUAUAAUAUACACUUUUGGAUAUAAAGUAAAUUCCAAAAUCCAGACACUAGUGUCACUUCCACAUAAACUGAGGAUAAUUCUGUACUAAAAUAAAAUAGCUGGUACAGGGAACUAAUAUUUACCAAACAUGAAAUGUUAAAGGUAGAGGGGGCCUUUGAGAAUGCUCCUUACCACGGUUUCCAGAUAAGGCAAUUACACAGAAGCAACUGGGAGUUGCCUAAGGUCACACAGCUCAUUAAAGGUAGAACAAAUGAUUGGUGCUCAGUCCAGUUCUAUUUUCCCAUGCCUAACUAUAAGUAACUACUGGCCCAAAUCUGUUAGGUAGAAAAAAAAGAUAAACCCAAGGAAGUUAAUCAAUGUACAAAAAUCUCAACCCAAAAUAUUUUUAAAUGUAUAUGCUGAUUGGAAAUACUCUAAUGACUAUAAAUCUGAUUCUUGUAUUUCCUUCCUUGAAAUACUAUGAUUGACAUACAUUCUAGCUCCGUUUUUAGAAAUGGAAAAACGCCAUACAUUUUAUGGAUCAAAAAACUCACUAGGACACAGAUACAGAACUGGAGGUAUUGAAGUAUAACUCUUAUAGCUCUGCCUCAUUGUGUGUGUGUGUGUGUGUGUGUGUUUUAACAAUUUUAGUCAGAAAAUAGGUUUCAAAGGACAUAUUAAAUAACUUUUUUUCCUUUUUAUAUGUCUGUUUCAUCAGUGUUAAUCUGCUAUGGCUAAGGUUUUAUAGAACUAUAACCUAAAUGUUGUUCUCUUUGUACACAUCUUUUCUAUGAUGCAUAUCUUCAUUCACGUUCAUAUAUGUAUCAAUUUUAUUAUAUUAUUUUUGUUCAAUAAAUACUUUGUGAUAAAAGG